AAAAUGUUCGGUAGCUCACAGAAGAAACUACAUUCGGUGUUUGAUUUAUGAGAUUAACAUGUUUACCAGAAAUUACCAAAUCAUCGGCGAUAAGUAGCAAACACUAAGCUCGGAAUUUUCAGACCUACUGGAUUUAUCAAGUUGCCCUGUCUACAUUCGCCUUUCAACAGUUGAAAUAUGAAUAUUUUCUGCCUUGGAUACAGAAGAUUUGAGAUGGGAGUAAGAAAAAGGAACAAAGCACUUCCCUCAAGACCAUCCUUACCAAGGCGUUGCAAAGAGAAGCAACAAAGUGGAUCAGGCAUAUAUGAAGAAAAGGAACGCGCAUUGAAGUGCAAUCUCUGCGGUAAAAUGAAUUUACUCAGGGAUCCAGAAUGCGUGCCUUAUCACGGCGAACUUCAAUAUAUGCCUAAAGAAGAAACUGUGGAACUGCCUUCUAAUGUUGAAAUAGAAUGCUCAAUAUGUUUGAAUUCUUGUAAAUAUAAAAGGAUGCUGAAACUAGUCUGUGAUCAUCGCUUUCAUAAGAAGUGCAUUUUGAAAUGGUUUAAAGUCGACAUCAGAUGCCCGUUGUGUAGAGUAUAAAUAUAUAAUGUUCGGGCAUUUGAACAUGGAUAUGAAUUUUUAUUGGUGGUAACUGUGAUAGCUAUGUUUGAUUAAAAGCAUGAGCGGUGAUCACUACAGGCUAAGAAAGAUACUAAAAAAGUUCGAUAUUAUUAUUAGAACAUUUUUCAUUUCUUGAACUUGAAGAAUUAAGUUCAUGUCUAAGUUGUCAUGUCUAACUGUCAUCUGCUACAGCAGAUGACAGUUUAUGAGAGAACUGAACUGUGCUUGGAAAAGCUAAUAAAAAAAUGUACUGUUUUGAGCGGAAAGGCCAGAAAUCUAUGUGAAAUUUUUAAUCUUUUGUUGAAAAAAUUUCUAAAUAAUUAUGAAAAUUUAUCUGAAAAUUUCAAAUUUUCAUUUUGGAAUUAAUAAAGGUAACAACUACUAAACGGGAAGUUCUAUUAAUUUUAUAUAAUUUUAACAGUAAUAUCAAAGCAGGAAUUACUAAAGGAAUGACUAAAGGAAUGACUAGUAUUAAGAAAAUAUUUCCAGUAAAAUAUCCUUUUUGUUACUUUGUUUGAAAGGAAAUUGAAUUGAUUUUCUUUUUCAUUGUUUGUAUUUUAUAGUAAUUCCUUUAAUA